AGCUCAAACCGCACAAAACUUGGCUACCAUUGGUAACCACACCCCCUAUUGAAUCAAAUGGGUAGGCCUAUAUGGGGAUUUUGACAGACGUUUGCAGCGACUAGCCUACUACCGACUCAAGACUGCCCUAGCAACCCGGUGGAUGAGCCAACCAUAACCGUGUAAAACUCGAGACUCUGCCGCUACUGGGGACAGGAAACGACAGAGAUCAGAGAGAGCUGCGGAACAGUGUGGCUGGCUGGCGGUACAAUACAGCGUUAUAACAAGUAUGGUACUUGGUAUGGUACGUAUGGUACUUUCAAGGCACGGUAGCGGGAAUGGAGGAUUUGUGGAAUGACGAUUUGAACACUGGGACAGGUUCGGCGUGAGCGGCAAGCUUUGAUGUUACAGUGGAACACACUGUAGAUGUAGGCUAAUUUGUAUAUUUGUUUAUGUUACAUUGUGUUGUCACUUUCGUUGGCAAAGUUGACAUUUAUAGCUUUCAUUCAAAUUCCUAUUUUAGGAGACUUCAAAUCUGUGUUUGAUGCAUUUAUUCUAAAUGGAUAUAAAUGGAUAGAGUUCCCAGAUAUGAAUUAUGACUGAUAAUAUAAGGCCAUCCACUGGAUAAACUGUCAAAGAACACCAGAUUGAACUUGACUCGCUUCUUUGCUACUUUAAUACGUGCGUCACACAGCUCAAAUCUUGAGUUGGAAGAGAAAUAAAAGUGAUUGAACAAUCUUGUACAAGUUGUUCCAUGAUGGAACAUAAUCAUUCUUCACCGCGAGGAUGAACCACAGAACCAGCCCCGUCAAGGCUUACGAUUUUCUGCUUAAGUUUCUCCUGGUGGGAGACAGCGAUGUGGGAAAGGGGGAGAUACUGGCGAGCCUCCAGGACGGAGCCAGCGAGUCUCCGUAUGGCUACAACAUGGGAAUCGACUACAAGACGACAACGAUACUCCUAGACGGAAGAAGAGUCAAACUGCAGCUCUGGGACACCUCUGGCCAGGGGCGCUUCUGCACCAUCUUCCGCUCUUACUCCAGAGGAGCGCAGGGUGUGAUCUUGGUCUAUGACAUCACCAACCGAUGGUCGUUUGAUGGUAUUGACAGAUGGAUUAAGGAGAUAGAUGAGCAUGCACCGGGAGUGCCUAAGAUCCUGGUGGGGAACCGGUUACACCUGGCCUACAAACGCCAGGUGACCACAGAGCAGGCCCAGGUGUACGCCGAGAGGUUAGGGGUCACCUUCUUUGAGGUCAGCCCGCUGUGCAACUUUAAUAUCACAGAGUCCUUCACAGAGCUGGCCAGGAUAGUCUUAAUGAGGCAUGGCAUGGAGAGACUCUGGAGGCCUAUCAAAGUUUUGAGUCUUCAGGACCUGUGCUGUCGUUCUAUCGUGUCCUGCACCCCUGUCCACCUUGUUGACAAGCUUCCUCUCCCCCUGGCUCUCAAGUCCCACCUUAAGUCUUUCUCCAUGGCCAGCGGCCUCAAUGCCCGCAUGAUGCACGGACGGUCCUACUCUGUCACCACCACUGCUGCCAACACCACCCACAUUGCCACCAAGAGGACCGGAUGCCAGCUGCUGAAAAAUAAAAAACUCUUCCGUCCUCCGCCGCUCAGCCCGGCAGCCGAACAGAGCUGCACUGGCAAGAGCUGCAAGAUCUCCUAGCAACCAGUUGAAACAGGAAGAAGAAGUCCUUGGGGAAGAAGGUUGUCAUCACAUGAACAGGAAGUUGGUGUAGAGCACUAGUGCAGCCAAAGACGGUGGAUAAAUUAAGAUGAACACCGAGGCUGUUUACAGGGACUGGAUGUUCUAGGCCUCUAUUCGCACAACAGUCUCCCACAGGCACUCACAGGAGCUCCAUGGUGGGACAAAGAUGGGGAAGGAACAUGUCACGCUCAGAGAUUUUGGAUUAGCGCUAUGGGUCACUGACCAUGGAACCAGAAGGAAGUUUUGAUGCCAGAUCAUAUGUGAGCCAUAUGAAUAUAUUUCAAUUACUUUUUAAAUUAAUUUGGUCAUUUGUAUUUUACCGGCCUGAACUACAAUAUAAUGUAUUUUGUAACAAGAUACUUUUGAGACCUGUAAUUUGUAUUUCCAAAAUACAAAAUAAAUUUCUAUACCAUUUUUUUAUAGUGGUUCACAAUUUCGUGGCCUCCUUUCACCCUGCAUUGGUAUCAGAAGUCUGAUGGCAGUAUGGUGUGAUAAGAGUAUUAUUAUUAUUGGGUAUUAUUCUAAUGAGCUCCGUCCCUGAAACGAGGCCAAUAAUAAUAAUAAUACCCGGUGUACUUUGCAAUUGUUUAUUUUUACAUUUACAUUUUGGUCAUUUAGCAUUCAACUAAGGUAGAUAAACAACCACAUAUCACAUCAAUGGUAAAAGUUUUAUUUUUGUUACAGUUACUGAGAAUGUUGUUGUAGUGAAGGCGUAUACUUGCAAAUAUAUUUUGUAUUUUAGUUUGAUACAUUGGUCUUUAGAGUAUCUUGUAUUUAGAACAAUAAACAUUUGAUGUAUCUUU